CCCGCCCCAAUCAAUUAAGAGCCCAACAAGAGACGAUGUUUAGGUUUUCGUCUUCCUUCACGAGGUUUAGUGGCGACUGGUGGUGACCGUACAAAUUAGGGUUUCCUUUUACGCCGGUAGAGAAAAAAAAACAUCGAAAAGGGAGUUUAUUUGACUCUGUUACCCUCUAAUCAACUCUUACCCCCAUCGAGAUUUCGCGGUUUCCUUCUGUUCAAUUUUUUUUUUUUUGGGGAUUUCUGUGUUGUGAUUCUUCUUCUCGCGAGUUUCAAAGCUAUUAUCUUUUUGAGAGACGUGAAAUACGGAUACUGGUGCGGCGAGAUUUUAGGCGGGUUUUUGUUUUUGAUGGACGAGAUUUGGGAAAGAGCUGUUGAAGCGGCUUUGGAUGGUCAAACGGACCGUUUAGCUACACGGACGUUAACACUUGACGGUGCUGCGAAAUGCGUCCAGGGACGUUUACCACCACCUAGCCUUCUCGAGAGGUUUCAGAAUCUUCAGCAUCUCUCAAUAGCUAACAUCGGUGUUUCUUCGCUCGAGCAGUUCCCUAGGCUCGGGAAUCUGCAGAAGCUAAUCUUAUCUGAUAACCGGAUCACUGUGGGUCUGGAGUUUCUGGUCGAGGCUGGGCUUGAUUCGCUGCGUGAUUUGGAUUUGUCGAAUAACCGGAUCCAGUUCGUUGAGGAUCUUGCUCCUCUUGCUCAGUUGAAGCUGGUUUCGCUUGAUCUGUAUGAGUGUCCUGUGACGAGGGUUAAGGAUUAUCGAUCCAGGGUUUUUGCUUUGAUCAAAACUUUGAAGUAUUUAGAUAAGACGGAUGCGGAAGGGAACGAGAGGCCUGAAUCUGAUGAUGAGGAUGAUGAGGAAGAUGAGGAGGAGGAGGAAGAAGAAGAGGAAGGUGAUGAGGAGGAUCCUGGAAGCGGGGAGGUUGAUGGAGACGAGAGAACAGAGGGUCCUUGGAUGAGUAAUGGGCACAGUGAGAGGGUAGAUGGAGUUGUUGAUGUGGAUGAGGAUGAAGAGAGUGAUGCAGAGGAUGAUGAGUCAGAGCAGGCGGCUGGAGUUAACGGGACGAGUUACAGGCCUAAUGGGUUUCGUCUUCAAGCUGUAAAUGGAGAGGAAGGGGAAGAUAAUGGUGACGAUAGUGAGUCUGGGGAAGAGAUUGAUGAGGAGGAAGUAGGGGAAGACAAUGAUGCGGUUGAGGUGAAUGAAAUUGAAGAUAGUGAUAACGAGGAAGAUGGGGUUGAUGAUGAAGAAGAUGAAGAAGAGGACGAUGAUGAAGAGGAAGUGGAUCACGAUGAUCGUGGUCUUGGUGGGUCAGGGAGUACAGGACGGUAGAUGAAUGCAGGAGAGAUUGAUGGGCACGAGCAAGGGGAUGAUGCUGAGGAUAACGAUGGUGAGACUGGGGAGGACGACCAAGGGGUUGAGGAUGAUGGGGAUUUCGGGGAUGACGAUGAUGGUGAAGACGAGGAUGAAGAAUCUGGUGAAGGAUACCUUGUUCAGCCAGUGUCACAAGUGGAAGAUCAUGAUGCUGUGGGUAGUGACAUCGAGCCCAUCAACGAAGACAACGAUCCGGAUGAAGAAGAAGAAGUUGAAGAUGACCUGCCAAUCCCUGACCACUCCCUGCCAUCAUCAUCAUCAUCUCGUCCAAAGAGAAAACGUGAUGACAAAGAUGAUGGCGAAGAUGAUGAUGAUGACGAUGAUGAUGAUGGUGACGACGACGGCGUUGAUGAUGAGGAAGGUUGAACAUACACACAUUAUCUUGUUUGAUGAGUUUUGGAUGCAAAAGAAGCUCUGCGCCUUGUGGAUUAGGACGGCUAUAUCUGAAUGUUCAAAUGUCAGUUAUGGUCUUGGCUGGUGGAUUUUCAAAUGACGGUUACACAACUUGGAUUUACCCGCCUUUUUAGAAACCCACUUUAUGGAGGGAAAGAAAAACCAAAAAAACAAAAAAACAAAGACAGCAAAGGAUAGUUUCGAGACCUUGUUUCUCUGUUAGAGGGUCUUGUAAGAUGCUUAUAUGUGGAUAAAUCUUUUGAGUUAUAA